GACGGCACACUCUGACCAAAGAAAAAAAAAUUAACAAUGACAACUUCGUUAAGAGAAGAAAAAAAUAACAAGAGGAUUUCUUCUUGACGCCAAAAUAGAGAACCUUAUUCUGUCCACAAAGAAUCUAAGAUAACACAAGAAGACUAUAAAUUUGUCCGGAGAUAUCUACAAAGACCCACCGGGGAUUUCCUUUUGGCAUAUGUUUUGAUCGUUUUUGUUUUUGUUUUUGCGGGUCUCCUCUGCUCUUUCCUGUUCCUGAGCAGUAACCACCCGAGUCAACAACCACCCUUGAUAGGUUUCCUUUAGUUUGAAACUGCCCUUAUGGCUGAUUCCACUGAAGAGGAUGAUUCAUUCACCAAGCCUCUUGGAAGAUGUACUGUCACUUAUUAUGGCGUGGGGCAUAUGCUCAAUGACAUUACUGCUUCCUGUUGGUUUACAUAUCUCUUAUUGUAUCUGACAGAUAUUGGACUGUCCCCAAGGGAUGCUGCUACGGUUAUGCUUUCUGGUCAAAUAGCUGAUGGAUUUGCAACCAUAUUUGCUGGCGAACUGAUAGACAGGUUUGGACAUUUCAAAUUGUGGCAUGGUGCAGGCUCUGUUUUGGUUGCUAUUUCUUUUUCUUCUGUUUUUGGUGGUUGCAUGCCCUGUAAAAUUUUUGGUACCUCUUCAUCAACAUUGCGAACUGUUGGUUACAGUAUGUUUGCUGCUAUAUUUAAUGUGGGUUGGGCAGCUGCUCAGGUUUCACACAUGUCUAUGUUGAAUUGCAUUACACUGAAUUCAACAAGCAGAGUGAUCCUAGCUAGCUGUCGAAAUGCUUUUACUAUGGUUGCCAACCUCAGCCUGUAUGCAGUUGCUUUUAUAGUCUUUGGUGUCACUAUGGCAAGCACACAUGCCGACAUUGAAAAUCAGUACCGGUGGAUUGCAUAUUUGUCAAUCUUCAUAGGAUGCUGCUUUGUGGGUAUAUUUCAUCUCGGAACCAAAGAGCCAAGAUUAAAAGUAAGCUUACAAGGAAAUAAUCAUUCAAGGAUUUCAUGGACAUACUGGUUCAAGAGAGUUCUGUAUUAUCAGGUUGCUCUUGUUUAUGUGCUUACCAGACUAGUGGUCAAUGUUUCACAGGCAUAUCUUGCAUUCUAUGUUAUAGAUGAUCUGCACAUGGCACAAUCAGCUAAAGCUCUGGUUCCUGCAAUUAUCUACAUUAGCAGCUUCCUCGUAUCUAUAAUACUACAGGAGAUCUCGUGGACUGGCCAAUGCCUGAAGGCCUGCUAUUCUGCUGGAGCCAUUGUUUGGAUAUUUUGUGGGGCAGGGAUCCUGUUUUUACCUGGAAGCAUGAGUGCUUUCAUGUACCUUAUAUCCGUAUCUAUUGGCAUAGCAAAUGCUCUAAUGAUGGUGACUGGAGUAAGUAUGCAAAGUGUUCUAAUCGACAGAGAUCUCAAUGGCUGCGCAUUUGUAUGUGGAUCAUUAAGCUUCAUGGACAAAAUCUCGUGUGGGCUUGCCUUAUUUGUGCUUCAGUCAUAUCAAAGUACGCGAGUCAUACAGGAAAACCAUUCAAAUGAUGUCUACUUCUCAGUCACAAGAUUUGGUUUGGGUUUUGUUCCGGCAGUUUGUUCACUCAUCUCUGUGAUAGUUACUUACACCAUGAAACUCCAACCUGCUCCCUGUAAACCUUUAAUGGAGCCUCUAUUGGUAUAGCUUCUAUGAGAAAGCAAAUUUGACACGAAGUUCUAUGAUGUGUUCAAAAAGAGACCGAAAUUAGCUUUGCAGUGCUUUAGGAGAUGCUGAAUUUUUCAGCAAUUGAUCAUGUAGCCGUGCAAUUCUUCACUUGGUUGUAUUCUUUUGUUGAAUACAUUGAUGGCACGACUGCAGGAAGUUCUGUAUAUAAUUAUUUCACAAAAUAUUCAUUUGUUUGUGUUAUUGAGUUCUAUAAUUCCAAGGAACGUUCAGAGAUGGCCUUAUAUCA